AUGACGCUUCUGGCACCAGCUUGCAGCGCAGGUAUGAUCGAGUUUCCAAAGGCAGCCCUCGAGGACGUCGAAGAGGCCUUGAAGCAGAGGAGUCUGCGGACGCAUGAGCCUUGGCAGUCGUUCCCGGACGAGCUGUACGAGGCGCUGCGUGCCAAGGGAGUCGACUACGGCCAGAGGGCUAUGCGCGAGGCACGCGUUGGCGGCGGCGCUGGCUCUUCACGUCAAGGAGCGGGUGCCGUGGAGACGUACAAGAGCCCCGAGUUUGGAGACGAGUACCUGCCCGAACCUCUGAGGCCGGGUGAAGGGUUCGAAGGCGGCAACUGGCUCGAACAUCUCGAGGGUCACAGCCGUGGUGGGCGCAAGGAUUGA